AUGGAACUUUCUCCGGCACCCACACAUCAUUUACGUUCCGUUCCGAUUUCCCACAAGACCGGUGACAGUGUGCGAAAAAUCAUUUUAAUCACAAAAUCACUAACUAAAAAUCUCUUUUUUUCUCUCUGUGCAGCUGCCACCAUCUGCCACGGAAUGGCUGCAGUUACGGCUCCAACUCCGGCCGUUCAGGUGGCCUCCCCGUCCGUGCAAAAGUUCCGACUAACGCCACACGAUCUGCAAAUACUCGAGGGCACCGACACCCUCCUCCGCUGCGAGGUGUCCAACCGGGCUGGCAAGGUUCAGUGGACCAAGGACGGCUUCGCGCUGGGCUUCUCGGCUGUUAUUCCCGGAUUCCCCCGCUACUCGGUGCUGGUGGAUGCCAAACAGAAUGCCUACAAUCUGCAGAUCAAGAACGCCACUCUCGAGGACGAUGCGGAAUACCAGUGCCAGGUGGGUCCGGCCGCUGGAAACCCGGCCAUCCGGGCCAAUGCCAAGCUGAGCAUAGUGGCUGCCCCCAGCAGCAUCGUUAUCGAGGGCUAUGCCCGGAAUGCCCGAGUGGAGGUGGAGGAGCGCCAGAACCUCACGCUGCACUGCAUCGCCGAGAACGCCAAUCCGGCGGCGGAGAUUGUCUGGUUCCAGGGCGAGGUUCCAGUUAGCACGGUCCCCAUUGUCUCGGUGAAUCAAACUGCCCCGAAGCGCUUCACAACUAGCUCCACGCUGCACCUGCAGCCCCGUGCCGAGGACGAUUACAAGGAGUUCUCCUGCGAGGCGAGGCACAAGGCCCUGCCCCCCGAUGUCCCGAUGCGCGCCCAGGUGCAGCUCUCCGUGCUCUAUCCGCCCGGUGCUCCAUUCUUCGAGGGCUACGGCCAGGGCGAAUCCCUGCAUCGCGGCCAGGAAGUUCAAAUCGCCUGCCGCAGCCGUGGCGGGAAUCCCCCGGCCCAAUUGAGCUGGUACCGGAAUGGCGUGGCCGUCAGUUCGCCGCAACGCACCUCGGGCCGUCUGUCGGAAAACGUUUACAAGUUCACCGCCGCCGCCGAGGACAAUGGGGCUAAUUUGGUGUGCGAGGCCAAGAAUCUGCUGGCGACAACUCCCCUGCGCGCCGAACUCAAUCUGACUGUCCUGUACGCCCCCAAGGACGUUUAUCUAAGCGGCGCCAACCAGGCCAAGGUCGGCGAUUCCGUGCAGCUGAGCUGCGUGACUGCCCCCUCGAAUCCCCAGGCCCGCAUCAGCUGGUCCAUAAAUGGACGACCGAUGGAGAACAGCACCUAUAAGACCACCAGUAGCUCCGACGGCGGCUGGGUGAGCAGCUCGAACAUCAGCUUGACCAUCGACUCGCAGAGCAGGACCUUCAUCGCCGUUUGCCAUGCCCUCAACACGGAACUCACACAGAAUGUGGUGGGCUCACACACCGUGAAUGUGCUGUAUCCCCCUUCGCCGCCCCUGCUGACAGGCUAUAAUGAUGGUGAUAUUAUCAUCUCUGGAUCUAUAUUGAAACUGCAGUGCAGCUCCGCCGGUGGCAAUCCCCCACCCACUUUGCAGUGGUACAAGAACGAUAAGAUAAUCAAUGCUCCCUCCAAAUUGGUGGACAGCAAAAUCACCUCUGAACUUUCGCUUCUGGUCAACGCCUCCGACAACAAUGCCAUCUACAAGUGCAAGGUUCAGAACGCAGCCAUUGACAUACCUCUUUUCGCCACCAAGACAUUGGGAGUUCAUUUUCCCCCCGAAACUGUAAAGAUCAGUGUGGUGCCCAAAAAUCUGGUGCCCGGUAUUCGAGCCAAGCUGGUCUGCGACUCCAGCUCCAGUAAUCCCCCGGCCAAGAUCAGUUGGUGGAAGGACGGCAUUCCCGUCGAGGGACUCAACCUGGCCAAUCGUCCCGGUCUCUGGGGAGGUUCGGUGUCGACACUGGAGAUGUACGUGAACAUAACCCAAGAUCUGGAUGGCAUCAUCUACACUUGCCAGAGUCACAACGAGGUUCUGCAGCGCAGCGUUCACGAGACCAUCAGCUUGGACAUACUUUAUCCCCCCAAGUUCGAGACCUCGCAGAGCACCACCUUCGUGGGCGUUGAGGGGGCGCCUUUCCAUGUGGAGCUGAUGGCCAGCGGAAACCCCAUGGUAAUUAGCUACACCUGGACCAAGGACGGCCUGCCCAUUAGCAGCAACAGUCUGAGCGGCCAGCGUUUGAUCUCCGACGGACCGCGUCUCAAUAUCAGUCGUCUCAGUCGCAACGAUGCGGGUGUCUACAUAUGCGAGGCUCUGAAUAGCCAGGGCACCGCGCUGCUGGAGGUCCAAGUGGCCGUCGAAUAUGCCCCCACAAUCACAGCGGUUAGUGAGGGUCGCAGCUUUGUGGCCGGCGAACCGGCCGUGCUGGCCUGCCACAUUCAGGCCCGUCCGCUAGAGGCCGCCCAUGUGCGGUGGUCCCGCGACGGCUACGACCUCGCCUCCCGCACCAUCUCCAGUUUCGAGAACGGAACCGCCCUGCUGCAGAUCGCCAGUGUGGAGCGCAGUGACAUUGGCAACUUCACCUGCAUUGUGGACAACCAAAGGGGGGCUCCCGCGGCGCAAAAUGUACUCCUGGUGGUGCAAACUGCCCCCGAAAUCGACCAUUCGCCCGGCUUCACCCGCUAUGCCGCCCGUUUGGGAGUUCGAGCCCAGCUGAUUUGCCGUUCCCUGGCCUCUCCGCAGCCCAGUUUCAUCUGGCGUCGAAAUGGCAAGGAUCUCAAGAUGCAGCGACGCAACAAGUUCAAGACUGUGGAGCGCCAGGUGGACGCUCUCAACUAUGAGUCGGCCCUGCUGAUCGAGAACACCUCGGCGGAUGACUACGGGCAGUACGAGUGCGUGGUGCGAAAUGCUCUGGGGCAGGCCAGCACCACCCUGGAGUUCAGCAAGCCCUCGCGGCCGGAUACUCCGCUGCAGCUAAGGGUGGGCAAUGUGAGCGACUCGGGGGUGGAGCUAAACUGGACGCCCGGCUUUGACGGCGGCAUGCAGACCUACUUCCGACUGCGGCUCAAACAGCAGGGCGAGGAUAAGUACAAGUAUGUGGACGCCAAGCCUGGGCACCAGAACAUAUCCCUGGAUGGCCUGAAGCCCGGAGCCACGUACUACUUCUCCGUGAUGGCGGCCAACGAGGCGGGCGGCAGUAAGUUCAUGCCGGACAUCAAGUUGACCCUGAGCAAGGGCUCGCAGCCCCACUCGGCGGAGUACACCGAAAAGGACGAGCUGCCCAAUGUGAUGAUCAUAGGGAUCACCUCGGCCGCCAUGGUCCUGUUGGUCCUGAAUGCUGCCCUGGUGGCCUGGUUCGUGAUUCGCCGGCAGAACAAAUCCCAGAGCGAGGCGGAGCCCAGCAACGAUGACGUGUACUCCAAGGACGACAGCCAGUCGGUCUAUAAGCUGCCCAUCACUGCUUUGCAGGCGGAUGUGCAGAAGAAGGCGGCCGCCUCCACAUAUCUCGUGGAGAACGUGGACAUUAUCCAGUCGACGGCGUAUCCGCCGAAGUACCAGGAGAGCUCCAUGUGCACCCCGCCGUAUCCGCUGUGCAAUCCGGACUUCACCCGCACACUGCCGAAUCCCAAGAGGCACAGCCAGCGGAACAGUGCCACGGGAAUGAUCGAGGGCAUGCAGAUGCGCUCCAAGGACGAUCACAUGCUGAUCUCCAACGGCCUCUACAUACCAUCGCCGUCGCCCGCCUCCUCGCUGGUCAUCAAGGGCAGCUAUAUAUCCUCGCCAUCGCCCGCGCCGCCAGCAGAUGGAUCGUACUUCAAUAUGAGCGACAAGUACAUGUCCUAUCCGCCGGUGACUUACUAAGCCGUGCUGAGCGUCAAUGACAGCCACAGACAACCCAACCCAAGCCAGCCGAACCCAGCUAGACUGAUUGACAUACAUCAUUCAUAAUCACCAUCGAAAACACGAAAGGCAAGGCACACACACCACACACAUUUGAACUGGACUGUCUUUUGGUUACGAUUGGUUGUUGGCCGUUGCUGUUGGUUUUAUUGAAUUCUUAUUUUUAUUUUACGUUUGUAAUUAUUACUAUAUGACGUUGAUUAUUACGGAGCGCAAAUGGAGAAACCAUGUUGAGUGUGUUUUGAGAAAAGACAUUUGCAUGCGGCGCUCGAAGGCUGUGAUAAGUACCUGUGCCCAAAGCUCUGGAGACGUUGGCACCACCGCAACACGGAGAUGGAAACACGCAGGCCAAACGUUCGCCAUCAAGACCAAACGAUUCGGGGCCCCCGAAAAGCCCCGUUCACUUCGGGGGCCCGGGAUAUGGGAUAUUGGUCUGGCCACGGGGCAGGUGCGCAACCCGUUCUACAGAAAUGCCUGCCCUCCACCCACUUUUAGUCCACCACAACCCGAACAUCGGCAGAAGCAGCAGCAUUUAGUAGACACCACAAAACAAAAGAAAACCGAACAAAUAGGGGGAAGGAACAACAGAACACUCUCAAAAUAUUAAUUCGUAGUAAGGUCCCUCGAUAUUAAGUAGUAGGAAUUACGCAUUUUAGCAUUUAGCCUAAAUAUAUUACGAGUCUGGCGAGUCGUGACUCAUUCUCAUUAGCAGUUGUUCAAGUUUAAGCUAUCGGACAUACCAAUAUUUAUCAACAUACGUACUAUAAACAUAAACAUUAAUGGAUAUACACACCAGGCCCGAAAAGCGUAAGCGUUCGACUUUCAACGAACCCCGAUUCGAAAUCACCAAACCGAAAUAGCGACUUCAAUUACAUAAAUAUUUUUAAGCGUGACUUUUGCUAGACCUAAGAAUCGAGACAUAAAUAUAUUCAAAAUAAAUAUUUACAGCAUUCAGCGACUUUCUUUUUAUCAUGCAUGACAAUAAUUAUAUACAUGGUAAAGAAGUUGAUGCAUGCACGCGAGAGCGCCAAAAAUUAUGCUAAAGAACUCUAUAAAUACAAAUUCAAUAAACAUGUUAAUUAUAAAUUAGACUUCAACCGCAUUUGCAUUUAAAUUAAAUUAAUGAAGGAAGGACAAGAAGCGAGCUAAAUACGUGUAUAAAAUAAAAAUUCUUUAAUUAAAGUAAAUAUUUAAAUGUAAUAUUUAAAAUAUAAAAUGCGAAA